GACUUCUUGGACCUCUAUUUCAUGGCCGCGAUCCAGGACACCCUCGCGCUGAUGAUCCGGGACAACCUGGAGGGCAAGGAGCUGGAAGCCAUCCGGGAGCGCAUCCUUCGUGAAGCCCACUUGAACUUUGAGAAGGAGGUCAAGAAGCUGACAGGUGGUGGAGGUUCGUCGACGUUUGAAUCGGCGAAUAGUGUGGGCGAGCGGGCGAAACUUCGUGGUUCCGCUGAUGGUCAAGGUGGGAACCCUGGUGAUGGUGUUGGUGAGCCACUACCUAAUCGACCCCCUGGAUUACAUGAGACCACGACCGGGACAUUGUCUUCAGGGUUUGGUGGUGGAGCAGGAAAGGUGACCAGAAUUGGGGCUGGAAUUCCCGUGGCAUCGACGACCGAGGCUCUGCGAAAUUUGGAGCUUCCCUCACUUCCAGCACCCAAUGGAGAAGGAGCUUCGAUUCUCUUCGGCGACUGGUUGACUAUGGCAUUCCCGCUGAUGGCUGACAUCUCCAACUCGGCGAAGGCCUGGUGGGAAGAGUCCUUGAUGGUGGCGCAGGAGCACUACUCGCGGUGGUUGCGACUGAGUCCGCUGGAGAGGCUGAGAUCGAAACCUCAAGUUGAAGUGGAUCCAGCAUUUCAACGGAUCGAACAGCGUGGAAUUGCUAUGCUACUUGGAGCACUACCUGAUCAGCUUCGUCGGGACUUGGUGUCUGGCAGGCAGCUGUCCGUGGUGCACAUCCUGUACCGGCUCCAUGUGGCGUACCAGCCAGGAGGCGGCGCUGAAAAAACGCAACUCCUCAAGAAUUUAGUGGAGUCGAAGUUCUCCACAUCGGUGGGAGAAUUGUUGAUGCAGGUCCGGUUGCGGCGACGUUGGCUAUCUCGUGCUCAAGAACUUCACCUCAACCUUCCGGACCCUCUGGUCCUCAUGCACGCCCUGCAGCGCAUGAUCGACA